AUGGACGGGGACGAGAUCAAGACGUGCGGCAACUGCAAGCGAGAAAUCCCUGUGGUGAAUUUUACUAUCCAUAGGGUGUACUGCACGAGGAACAUCUGCAUGUGUCCAGUGUGCAAAGAGCCUAUACUGCAAGCAGAGCUACAGGAUCAUCAUGACAAGAUGCACAAAUUGUCACCCUGUAAGCAGUGCGGCGAAAGUGUGUGCGGCACAGACCUGGAGGAUCACGUCCGAGAUUCCUGUGCUCACACUAUGAAGACCUGCAGAUACUGCAACUUAGAUGUCCGCCGCGGUGAACUGCCUGCCCACGAGCGAUACUGCGGUGCCAGGACCGAGCAAUGCGAGGAGUGUGGAGAGUGGGUGAUGCUGAAAUACCGUCGACUACACACGGAAUCUAAUCACGGAUUUAUUCGCUUGGACGACGAUCCACCGCCUUUCCGUAAAGACACCCCGAAAACGAUAAUCAACGAUUGGCCUAAGUAUACGAGUGGGGAAAAAAGACAGAAUACGGCCAGCCGAAAUCAGAAUCCAUUUGAGCUUAUGUUCCCACCCAGUACUCCAGCGGACAUCAAUGAUAUGAAUUCUUUAGUAAAUACUUUGAAGGACACCGCCGAACCGAGGGCCUCUGGCUCCAUAAAUGGGGCAGUGCCUAAACCCAAAAGGACCAAUGACCAGCCUCAGAUCAACACGAUCAGUGCACCACCUGACAAAAUUAAAAAUAUGUCAUUAUCUCGCGGGGCUAUCAAAAAACGGCCAGCUCCUAAACCUCCAGUACAGCCCCCUCGGGAUCCUAAGAGGGAGGUGGCGUACGAAAAGGUUCUGCAAAGGCGACAGAAAGAAGAGCAGGAGCGCCGUGACCAAAACAAACUGAACUUGGCCUGCGGUCUGCCCCCCGUCCUUAGCCCCCUAGAGAAAUUAGAAAAACUAAGAAAAAUGGACGCGCUUCACAACAGAGACGCCGAAGACCAGAGCUACAAGAACAAGUUGAAAGGACGGGUGUGGAUGACGCCCGAAGUGUCCGCGGGACAGAUGCUGGGAGCAGACACGAACGGAAUCGGACUGGAAUCCGCGAACAACUUGGCUGCGGAGAGGCGACGCGGACGACCCUCGGAAGUCCCCGGAGGGCGUGACGAAUUAAGAAACCUGACGCCCAUGAGCCAGGAAGAGUUCGCGGAGCGGUUUAACGAGUUGCGGCUGAGGGAGGGGGAGGGGGCCGGGGGUCGACCACGCGACCGAUUCGUCCAGAUCAAGUCCUCCUUGAGGGAACUCCGGAGAGGAUUGAACGAGGUCACUGCUCCGUACAACGCUAACCCUAACGUGGAUCUGAAUCAAAACCGCAAUAGUCCAUCGCCGGAGGACGAAGUGCGGCUGCCUUGCGAGUUCUGCGGCGCUCCCGUCCCCGCCGACCUGCUGGUCCAGCACCAGACGGGGUGCCGGCCGGACCUGGCCCGCGUGCGCCCAGUGCCGGAGGGUGCGGGGCGAAGCGGUCGUACUCGCUCGCCGCCCCUCGAAGCCGUCAUACCGUGCGAGUUCUGUGCAGAGUCGCUGCCGAUCUACCUUAUCAACGAGCAUCAGGAACGCUGCGGUCGCGACGGGAAUCUGUUGUUCCCGGAUUGA